UUACAACGACCCCAGGACUACUCAAUCCCAAUAACCCUUUCCCUCGUAUUCCCACAACAUGAUUCGCAGCAGGCCUUGCUAGCGGCAUCAUUACUACUCGCUUAGAACAUCAUGACGUUCUCGUCAGCCAACUCGGAAACAAGCGAUGCGUCAAAUCCUGCGCCCAUGCAACAUGCACUGGGUAUACCUCGGCCUCCCUCCGUCGGCGGGAUCUCGUCUCGAGUGACGGAGGACAUGGCUUCUGAAGAUGGAGAGCAGUCGCAGUCAUAUACCGGCGUUUCGUCAUACGCACCACAUCGGUCACGACCAUCCGUUUCCAGUCGGCCCGGGCCUCCCCCCGUGAGGAGUUCCAUCACUAGCCAUGGCACAAACAGACCCGGAAGUUCGAAUAGCAGAUUGAGCCGAAGCCACAUUCCCUCACUGACGGCGCAAGGAUUCUUCCGACCCUUGUCUUCUCAACGACUCCAAGCCCAUCGAGGUCGUCCUAUGACAAAAGGAACAGAAUCAUCCGAAGAUUGGGGUGAUCACGCAAGUCAAAACCAAAACAGGCGCAGUUUAGUAUCGAAUAGCACACUCGCUCAAAGCUCUAGCCCACAGGAACAAGAGGCUCCUCCAUCUCGAGGCACGGAGUUCACAGACCCCAUUAUCCCUGACCGAAACACUUCAAACGCCAGUCCGAUCGGCAAUACAACAGCACGGAGUAUAGGCGAAAGUGCUAAACUUCUACGCGACAAAGAAAGAGGCAACCAAAGUUCUCAGCCACACCUAAACCUGGGAGUGAGCUCGACUGGUCCAAGCGGUCAUGACAUCUCCCAAAGAUCCCCUCUCUCUUUUUUAUCUCCACAAAAUAGGAACGAUAGCCAAGAGCACCGUGAUACCCGAAACCAUGAGCGGCUGUCUUCAGCUGGUUCGUCUCCUGGGUCUAUUGAGAAGCACGAUCGGACAAUACGCAAGAGCCGCCUGGGCAAGAACUAUGAAUAUUUCCUUGGCAAUACUAUCUUCUUUGGUGGUGGGAGGUUCCAGAAUUCUCGAGACAAGCCCGUUAAUGUUGCAACUGGGAUAUUGGUAGUUGUACCAUCGGCUUUGUUUUUUGGAUUUUCGGCUCCUUGGCUUUGGAGUAAUAUUUCACCUGCUAUUCCCAUAUUAUUCGCUUAUCUCUUUUGUCUAUGCUUUUCAUCCUUCUUGCACGCCUCUGUUGUUGAUCCUGGAAUCAUUCCCCGUAACCUUCACUCAAUGCCUCCGCCAGACCCUUCGGAUGAUCCACUUGUGAUCGGCCCGCCGACAAAUGACUGGGUGAUGGUUAAGUUGGCAACCUCUGAGGUUGCAGCAAUGGAUGUCCCGGUGAAAUUCUGCAAGACAUGCAAUAUUUGGCGACCCCCGCGAUGCUAUCAUUGUCGUGUGUGCGACAAUUGUAUUGAGACGCUCGAUCAUCAUUGCGUCUGGCUUAACAAUUGUGUUGGCCGCCGUAAUUAUCGGUAUUUCUUCACUUUUGUGAGCUCCUCGACAGUUCUCGCCCUGUUCUUAAUUGGGGCGAGCCUGGCACAUAUUCUCGUUUAUCGAUCGCAAGAGGGGAUAUCUUUCGGCGCCGCAAUCGAUAAGUGGAGGGUGCCUUGGGCUAUGGUCCUCUAUGGGGCCAUUGCUGCUCCAUAUCCAGCCUCUCUUUGGGCCUACCAUCUCUUCCUAGUUGGCCGGGGCGAGACUACCAGGGAAUAUCUAAACUCCCACAAGUUCGUGAAAGCCGACCGUCAUCGGCCCUUUACCCAAGGAAGUAUCUUCCAAAAUUGGAUAUCUGUCUUCGGGCGACCACGGCCACCGACAUACAUGCAGUUCAAGAAAUCCUACCGUGAGGGUGACCAACGCUUAAGUAUAAUGAAACGGAAAUACCUUCCUCGGGACGUUGAAGCGCAAGCAGACAUCGAGAUGCAGCCUGUGCCUUCUAGUCAGCCGCAGAACUGAGGCCUUUCGAAAUCGCUUUGAAUAUCUCAUGGACCGUCCACUAAGCAACAUUUUUAUAGAUAGGGCUUCUGUUCUCAGGCAUCAGCCGUCCUUAGCUUGGUUCUUCCUCUCUUCUUCUUCCUUCUUCAGAUGUAUUAAAAUAUAAAUGGGGGUUACGGUCCUUUCCCAUUAUUUUCUCCCUGUUUUCUUUUGGAUCACAAUCCCGCAGGAAUGAAGGAGUAGGUAUAUCACGUCCUCCUCCCUACUUUCUCCCGCGUCAAUC